GUUGUCUAACUAACUAGCAACUAGUCUUAGAUCUAUCUAGAUCUAUAUCUAUCUAGUCUAGAUAUAGAUCUACUAUACAACUUCUAGAUUUGAUCUAGAUCUAAAUCUAUUCACUUUACACUACAGUUUUUGAUUAGGCCUAAUGAUGGAUCAAAACUGGAGCUUAUUAAAAGAUGUUCUUCAAGGUGCCAUCCUCGAAGCUGUUGCAGCUCUUAAAUUUUCCAACAUGACUCCUGUACAGGCUGCAUGCAUCCCCCAGUUCAUCAGCAAUAAAGAUGUUGCUGUUGAAGCAGUUACAGGCAGUGGUAAAACUUUGGCAUUUGUUGUACCCAUGAUGCAGAUGCUGUCCAGGCGUGAAAUACCUCUCAAAAAACACGAAAUUGGUGCCAUUAUAUUGACCCCGACUAGAGAGUUAGCAUUUCAGAUAAACGAGGUUGUCUUAAGCUUUACAAAAUUUCUGCCUCAGUUCUCUUCUUGUCUAUUUAUAGGAGGUGAAAAACCUCAGGCUGAUAUAGAUAAGUUUAUGACUCAUGGGGGGCAUAUCAUUAUUGCAACACCAGGCAGAUUGGAAGAUUUAUUCCAGCGAAAGGAAGGCAGUUUUAAUUUAGCUGCAAGUGUUAAAUCAUUGGAAGUUCUAAUAUUGGAUGAAGCUGAUAGACUUUUAGAUAUGGGAUUUGAGGCAAGUAUAAACACUAUUUUGAGUUAUCUGCCCAAACUGCGACGAACUGGGCUUUUUUCUGCCACACAAACUGAUGAAGUGGAGAAACUUAUACGAGCAGGAUUAAGAAAUCCAUUACAAAUUACAGUCAAAGAGAAGCCAAAUAAAGCUGGAAACAUACAGAAAACACCAUCCUCUUUAGAGAAUUAUUAUAUGUUAGUUGAAGGUGAUGAAAAAUUCAGCCAGCUGGUUCGGUUCUUGCAGGAGCAUAAGAAAGACAAAAUAAUGGUGUUCUUUAGCACUUGCGCUUCUGUGGACUAUUUUUCUAAAUGCUUACAACAAAUUCUGAAAAAGUGUGAGAUAUUAUUAAUUCACAGUAAAAUAAAAAGCAAAAGAAACAAAGUAUUUGAGGCUUUCAGAAAAAUGAGCUGCGGUAUAUUGAUAUGCACAGAUGUGAUGGCUAGAGGGGUGGAUAUACCUGAUGUCCACUGGGUUAUUCAGUAUGAUCCUCCCAGUUCUGCCAGUGCAUUUGUACAUCGUUGUGGGCGAACAGCUAGAAUAGGUAACCUUGGAAAUGCUCUAGUAUUACUGAUGCCAUCUGAGGAUUCCUAUAUCAAAUUCAUUGAAAUCAAUCAGAAAGUUCCUCUCACAGAAAUGAAAAAAUUAGAUAAUGUUACAGAGGUGUGCACUAGAUUACAAACAUUUGCACUCAAUGACAGAGCUUUAUAUGAAAAAGGACUGCGAGCAUUUGUGUCUUAUAUUCAGUCAUAUGCUAAACAUGAAUGCAGCAUGAUACUAAGGAUGAAAGAUUUAGAUUUUGGUAAACUCGCUUUAGGAUUUGGUCUUUUACAUAUUCCCAAAAUGCCAGAACUUAGAGGAAAAACAGUUUCUAAUUUUCAGCCAAUAGAAAUAGAUGUAUCUAGUAUUCCAUACAAAGAUAAAAAUAGAGAAAAAGCUCGAAAAGAGAAGAUUGCUUCAGGAGAUAUAAAACCAAAAAAAUCUAAUAGACCCCCAAAGACAAUAGCGUGGUCUAAGCAGAAAGACAGGAAAGAUAAGAAAAAGCUAAAGAAAGAGGGCAUAAAGACUAAAGCUGAAAAACGGAAACUUGAAGAAAAUCGUGAAGAGGAGUUUGAUGAAUUUGAUGAAGAUAUUAGACUGAUUAAGAAACUGAAACGUGGAAAAAUAUCUAAGGAAGACUUUGACAGAGAAUUUGUUGGAAACAAUAAAGAUUUCAAAGAACAUGAUGAAGAGGAUAGUAAUCAAGCUGCAAUAUUGACUUAAUUUUAAUUGUACUCUAUCAUUAAAAAAAAAAAAAAAAAAAAAUUCU